GAUGUACACCCUCAGACAAAGAUAUCACCACCUUCUGUCAUUGUUCUCGCAAGUGAAAGUUCUGGAAUACAAGACAGCAGUUACAUAGCGCACAGCCUACGUGGCGAAUCACUUUCAGUUUGAAUCAGUUUGAAGUCAGGGCAAGCGACGUUGUUUAACUACAGAAAAUCAUGUCGUACCCUGUAACCAACACAAAAGAGCUCACCUACAAACAGAUGGAAACGGUGACCAAGGCUCGCAACGAGAGCGGAAUCCACAUCAUGUUCACAAGCCCCUUCAUAUCUCAGCGGGGUAACGGAGAGGUCACUGUGUGCAAAGUAACCCGCACCAUCACGGAAGGGACAAAAAUAACAGUCGUUGCAAGCUGUCCUGAGCUAAACGAUUCGGCCAAGUACCGCAUUCGCCAUGACGAAAGCCAUCAGGGAAAUAUGAGUGGAAUGUACAUGGAGUUUUUGAUAAAGGGAUCAUCGACCCAGUUCUACCAGCAUACCACUAAUGAAGGCGAUCAACCCAUUGACAUGCGUUGCGAAACCAACAACAAGAAGGGGGCCUACGUGCUUCAGUUGCAUGUGCAGAACAAUGGAUCCAUUAAGGUCUACUGCAAUGGAGAAUUCAUGGGCAACGCAAAGCUGAAUCUCGCUAAGUUCGGGUUUGACUUGGUCUAUCACAGAAUUGACCAAGGGUACGAUCCUAUCGCGGUCUUGGAGAUCCACUACGCUUACACAUACAGCAGAACAACUGUCUUCAACACGGUCGGGGACUUCAUGAUGCCGGAACUUCCGCUCUCUCCUGGAGCAUAUCUCGUCUGGGAGGGCAAUGCAUCGGGAACAUUCACGGUCAAGUACAAGGGCACUCAGAUCUACAGUGCCUCGAAGCGCGGAUCGGGUCUGAGACUAGUGAUGGAGAUGUUCAUCAAUAGCAUCCUGAUAGGACUGGACGGCGAACAAUCUACGUGCGUAGUUAACCCCAAGACUACGGGGGCGGCGACUAACACCAAGCACCCGCUUGUCCUGUCAAGUGGAUUCACGCCGACCAACUUCGUCGUGCAAACCGGCAGCCGAUCCCCAAAGGAGUGAACGAGAACACACGAGCGCUGAAGCACAGCCAGCGACCGUGACCUGGAGUCGUCGUAUAUUCUGUACCGUCUGGACACGUGCCACAGCUCCCACGAGGUCACUUACACUUCUUUCCUUAUCAGACUCUUUCUCUCUCUCAAUUUUGUUAACGACCCUUUGUCCGCGCGCUUAUCUUAAGGGUGACCGGGAAGAGGAGAGAAAAGGGGGGCGGGAUGCUGAUAAAGGAAUCUAUAACAAAGAGUGACCUCUUGGUACGUCUGACACGUGUAUGUGUGCUUGGUGUGUGCUUUAAAAUAAAACAACUUCGUCAAACCAGC